AACGCGGAGAGCAUGGUGGCGCGGCCCUGACCGCCUCUCCCCGGUGGGGACGGCCGCGGGACGGCGGCGGCCCGUGCCCCGGCGAGAGGAGGAGAGGGAUGACCGGGGUGCUGGAGAGCCUGGUGCCGGACAUGCACGCCAGCCAGAUCUCCGCCAGCAGCUACCAGCACGGUGGCUUGCACAAGCCGCAGGAGUCCCCAACGCUGCCCGUCUCCACGGCCACCGACAGCAGCUACUACAACAACCAGCAGCACGGGGCUGCGGGCGGGCCGCCCUACGGCCCGGUGGGCCCCUACCCCUACGCGGGCGGCGGCACCGCCCCUUACUCCACCAAGGCCGGCUACGACCUGGGCUACGCGGGUGCCUACGCCUCUUACGGGCCCUACGGCACCAGGACUUCUCCGGCCAACAACGACUCCGCAGAGAAGGAAGACUGCGAGCCAGAAAUCAGGAUCGUGAACGGGAAGCCGAAGAAAGUGAGGAAGCCCCGAACCAUCUACUCCAGCUUCCAGCUGGCGGCUCUGCAGCGGCGUUUCCAGAAAACCCAGUACCUCGCCCUGCCCGAGAGAGCGGAGCUGGCGGCCUCCCUCGGCCUCACCCAGACCCAGGUGAAGAUCUGGUUUCAGAACCGCCGCUCCAAGUUCAAGAAGAUGUGGAAGAGCGGCGAGAUCCCGGCGGAGCCUCCCCCCCGCCGCAGCUCCUCGCCGCCACCCCCCACCUCGCCUCCCACCUGGGACUUCUCUCCGCACCCGCGCACGGCGGGCGGCACCGGCUCCGCCAGCCCCAGCCCCGCCGCAGCUUUCCUCGGGAGCUACUCUUGGUACCCCCCGGCGCCCGGCGGCCCCGGGCACCUGCCGGCAGCCGCCCCCCUCCCGCAGCCGACGCAGCCUCCGCACCACCACGGCGGCAGCGGCAUUUUCUAGGCGCCGCAGAGACUUUAGCCCGAGGGGCUACUGAGGCGCAGCACUGGUGUUUUGGUGAAGCCUGGCUCCGGCCGUCCAGGAGGAGAGGAACCGGGUGUCCGCGCCCCAUCCGUUGCGCCGCCGGCGGCGGACC